AUGCUCAACCACCUCACUCUCACCCGGAAAACACCACUCACGGCCAGUUCUCUUGGUUUUUCUGGUAUUCACACUUCGUAUGUCAAUCGAGGGAUUCUAUCUGAAACUGGUUCGAGCAGGGUUCUUGCGUUCGGGUACCUGGCUCUUCUCUCAGGUUAUCCUGUUUUGACCAAAGCUGUAACGUCAGCAAUUUUGACCCUCAUUGGUGAUUUGAUCUGUCAGCUUACAAUCAAUAGAACCUCAUCUCUGGACAAGAAGAGGACACUCACGUUCACCAUCUUGGGCUUAGGGCUAGUCGGUCCAGCACUGCACUUCUGGAGAAUCAAAUUACUUAUGCUUAUUCUCUACUUGCUUUCCGAAAUCCGCAACUCCAUUAGGUACUUGUAUUUGAGCAAAGUGGUGACAGCUACUGGAUUAUCAGGCGCAGUUUUGCGACUUUUACUGGACCAGUUUAUUUUUGCUCCUAUUUUUGUUGGAGUUUUCUUAUCAGCUGUAGUGACACUUGAAGGAAAACCAUCAAAUGUCAUACCAAAGCUAAAGCAGGAGUGGACGGGUGCAGUGCUAGCAAAUUGGCAGCUAUGGAUCCCAUUUCAGUUUCUUAACUUCAGAUUUGUUCCACAAAACUUCCAGGUACUCGCUUCGAACGUAGUGGCUUUGGCUUGGAAUGUGAUUUUAUCAUUCAAAGCUCACAAAGAAGUUGUUUCGAAAUAG